UCUACUAAAUACAAGACGUACAGAGUCGAUAUAUCAAAUAGGCCAAAUUGCACCUGCGAAAUCUUCGAAAAGUAUAUAACAUGCGACCAUGUGAUAUAUGUAUAUUUAGAAGUGUUGAAAAACAACAGCUACAUAUAUCAGCAUGGUCUUGAUGAUGAAGAGCUAC